AUGAUUUCUGAUGCGGAGUUCUGGAUGGAGGUGCGGCGUAAGCAAGAGAGAGGUAAUGCUAUUUUUACCGCCAUGUUGCCACUAUUGCACUCCCGACAAGUGGCUCUUGACUCUGGUGUAGAACCAAGAGAAGGAAAUCUUGAUUACAGCUUUGCCUCUACUGGCCUUAUACGUAGUCAGAAGCAAGUAUCGAAAGAACCAUAUGCGGAUAAUAAGGUUUUACAUAUACCCAACUCAAAUAUACCUAAUCGACCUGUUUCCACCAGUGUAAUACGUGUCUUGCAGCAGGUUAUGAUGUUCGCUGUACCUCUCUAUACAUUACGGUACAGUAUUCCUGCUAUGUCAAUGGGCUCAAAGACUAGUUGCCUAGUAGAUAGAUUAACAAAACAAUUAAUCACUUUUGGAGCUGGUGAGGGUGUAAAAGUUCCUCAACAUCUAAGAUGUCGUGGUUGUGUUGCUGCAGAUGGUUUUUUCGCUGUAUUAACAGAUCAAGAUGAAGUAUGGGCUUCAGGUGGUUUGGUCGUUUUAGCAUAUGAAGGUGGAAAUUGGACUUCUGUACCUCUUGGAAAGGAAGAAAUUAUGACAAAUAUUGCAGGAAAGUCACUUAUGCUUGUUGGACAUGGAUCUCGACUUGCCUGUGUUACACGUGCUUUCACUGUUCGUCCACUAUCUAUUGUAUCUAAUCCAGUCAGAUCUAUUAUACCUUUUCGUCAUGUGCGUUUUUUAGAUUUGGGUUACGGUGAAGAUUAUUAUAUGGUUGGAGCAGAUUCUGUAUUAUAUAAGACCAUCGCAUCAAGACGUUCACUUGGAACUCCUCGUAGAGUUAUGGCAUUAAGUCGAACUGCCGUUUCUCGUAUCGCAUGUGGAAUGGGAUUCUGUCUUGUAAUUGAUCAAAAUGGACAUUUAUAUACUUUGGGUCGUAAUAAAAAAGGACAACUGGGAAUUGGACAAUUACAUAAUGUUCGUAGAAGACCUUUUCUUCAUACAUCUCUUCGUCAUCAUUUUUUUGUUAUGGUCGCUGCAGGAGAAUUCCACUCUUUAGCCCUUUCUAGUAGUGGAGUAGUCUAUGGUGCAGGUAGCAAUGAACAAGGUCAGUUGGGAUUAGGUGAUUCAGUAAAAGAAUCAGUAUACUUUACCGCAAUUCCACUUCCAUCGUUGUGUGUAGGAAUAGCCGCUGGUCCUGAAGGUAGUAUGUUUGCAUGUGAAGAUGGACGUGUAUACGCUUGUGGGAAAAAUAAUUAUAAUCAACUAGGUGUAGAGAAGACAGAUGCCAUAGUUAGUACACCCUCUCCAAUAUCAGCAGUAACAACAGGUGUUGAAGCUUAUACAAUGGAUUUUGGUGCCUAUCGUAAACCACAUAUUAAGGUUCCAAACCCAACUGAAGUACCUGUGGAGCCGAAUUCAUCUCCUACUACUGCACCUACUGGAGACGGUGGACAAGAGUUAUCACAACCAGAAGAACUGCCGCCAGAUUUAGAGACUGAGGUGCCCACACAUCCAGCAAGCAUCCCCAAUCAUGAAAAAAAGAAGGUGAAAGAGGGAGCGUGCGCGAAGUGUUGUGUGAUUAUGUAG